CUCUCUCUCUCUGUGUCUGAAAGUCUUUCCUCAACGGCCGAUAUUUGGUGAAGGAGAAGACAACCAUAUCCAUCCUCACCCCCCACAACCCAAAACCCCUUCUUCCCUCCUCCCUCACUCUGCAUUGACUGUGCAACCCUUUUGCUUGUACCACUCUGCCGCACUCCGAAGCAUCCAAGAACUCAGCUUGAGCCCCGGGAAAGAUGAGAGCCUUCUGCGCGGUUCGGUCCUCUGAGCUCUCCCUCCUUCGGUCAGCUUUCAACUCGCGGAUUCAAAAUGCAUUUCUGUUCGACUCGAAGCAUGAAGUAUCCAUUUGGUUGUGCUUCAAAAGAUCACAGCUUUUGUUGCCAGCAAAAUCUUUCUCUUGCCGAGCAAAGUAUGCUGCUGAUUCUGGGGUAGAUGGAUCUUUAAGUUUACGGGUGGUCUCUCCAACCUUGUUAGCGGCAGAAAAGGAAGAAGCGAAGGCUGUCUUGACCUUGUUCCUGAAGAAACAAGGGCUUAGCAACACAGUAGCUGCUAGAACCAUUAACAAGUCCGACCUUUUCAUCGAGCACCUCGUCUCAAGGCUCCAUGCCAUUCACAAAUCUCGAUACCUAGUAGGAAGGGAGCUCACAACGCUUGAGAUUAGGGAGGCUUUAAGUCCUUACCUUGAAUCUCUCCUCAAGGAGCACGGGAACAUUCUUGUGGAUGUCGUGGAGAAAUUCCCAGAUCCACCAGUGAGAAAGAAUCCAGUACCACCUGCCCCAGUCUCACCGACUGAAUUGACACCUCUUAACUGCAAGAAGCAGAAGGCUGUGUCUCUGGUGUCCAAGGCAGGUCCCACUGGGAAGCUACGCCCAAAUGUCAUCUAUCUCAUGGAGGAGGUUGGAAUGAACCUUGAUCAAAUCAAAGGAAUCACGCGGAGAUUCCCAGCAUUCGUCUACUACAGUGUCGAGGGCAAGAUCAAGCCCGUCGUGGAGUUCCUCCUCGACCUUGGGGUCCCCAAGUCUGAUAUCCCUGUGAUCCUCAAUAAACGUCCCCAGUUGUGUGGGAUCAGCCUCUCAGAUAAUUUAAUACCAGCAAUGACAUACCUCGAGAAGCUAGGUGUAGACAAGAAAAAAUGGGCGAAGGUAAUUUACCGAUUUCCUGCACUCCUCACCUACAGUCGGUCAAAGAUCAUGGCCACAAUCGAUUUCCUUUAUGAGAUGGGCCUUUCACCGGAAAGUGUUGGUAAGAUUUUGACCAGGUGCCCAAACAUCAUUAGCUACAACGUGGAGGAUAAGCUGAGGCCAACAGCUAAUUAUUUCCGCAUGAUGGGGGUUGAUGUAUCAGUCCUUCUUCACAGGUCCCCACAGACUUUUGGGCUCAGCAUCGAGGCAAACUUGAAGCCCGUCACAGAGUUCUUCUUGGAGAAAGGAUACAGCAUAGAGGAGGUCAAGACGAUGGUGUCACGGUAUGGGGUUCUAUAUACCUUUAGUUUGACCGAGAACUUGGUCCCUAAGUGGGAGUUUUUCCUGAUGAUGGAGGACUACCCCAAGUCAGAGCUGGUGAAGUUUCCUCAGUAUUUCGGGUACAGUUUAGAGGAGAGGAUUAAGCCAAGGUAUAAGCAUGUGAAGGAGUUAGGGAUCUCACUGCUUCUGAACCAACUCCUGUCGUUGUCGGGUGAAGAUUUUGAGAAACUUUUGAGGAGGAAGCUAGAAAGGACAUCCCUUCCUGAUGAGGUUGGAACUCUCGAAUGUAACGAUCAUGAAGAUGAUUCUCAUGCAGAUCUCAACCCAUGAAGUUAUUGCGUCAAUGUUCGAUGAUUUUUCUCACCAGAACAGCUGCUCUUGCCUAACUACAAACUUUCCGUGGGCUCCACUCUUGGGGUCGAUCUUAUGUGCUGGUGGAUGAAAAGACUCCGGCGAACACUAGAGAAACAUGCACGAGUAUGUGCUGUCUUUUGUUAGACGAAUUGUGCAGGAUUCGUUUAGGUUGUCUAGUGAGAUGAGACUUGGGGUAGUAAUAGAACGAGCAAUUUGCGGGAAAUUAGUUUACCUCGAAGGCAAGUUAAUAUUGGAAUAGAAUCAUUAUCGGAUUGGAUUAAAAUAAUUCCCUGGUGUCUUGUUUAAUAUGUUGUACUUAUGAUGUGAACAAGUGAAUGAAGAUACGUUGAUUUUGCGUUUCAAAUAAUGGAGGACCCUUUUUUCUUGGGGUGUUAAUUAUGACUGAA